UGGGUGGUGACCUUCAGUAGACAAUCCCCUGCCAGGCUGAGCUCCGUUAGACUGGUCAAGGCGUGUCAAGUGGAUGGUCAGGCUGCUGGACUCUCUCGCGUAACGGUUUGGAAGGUCCACAGGGAGCAAUAUGAAAGUCUUUAUGGGAGUUGGUGUGGUGUUUGGCCUGACCCUGCUUGGCCUGGGCUCUGCAAUUAAGUGCUACAAGUGUAAGGACUACACCGGCAGCUGCAGUAAAACCCAGGACUGCAGAUUUGAGGACGCCUGCCUGUCGCUUUAUGAGAGAGGUGGUUCUACAUACCGACAGUGUAUAAAGUAUUCGGACUGUGACCAGAGUAUGCUGGCACAGAUGUUUCCCCACGUCUCCAGCUUCAGAUACUCCUGCUGCAUGUCCGACCUGUGUAACAGCGCACCCGUGAACAUGGCCAAGAGCUCUGUGCUGGGCUUACUGGCCUCGUUGGCAGUGUUCUGGUGGUGUGUGCUCUAAGCGUAUUCUAGCCCAUACAAACCAAAGUCUGCCCUCUGCCCUUUCUGUGCUGCUGCAGAUACUGUCUAUAAGCCUGAGUGUCUCUCUGUAAGGGAGCUGAUGAUGAACCAAACCUUUUCAGCUAAACUUUAAUUUCGGCAAUGGCCAUGUGUUUAUUUAAUUAUACAUUUCCUUGUGAAAGGAUCCUCUAUCUGUGGUCAUGUCUCUGUUUUGCUGCAUUACAAACUGUAAUUAAAUUGGAUUUUUGUACCAUUUGAUUUUCACAAAGUGCCUACCACUUUGAAGGUGCAGAACAGUUUUUGUGUAUUGUGACAAUAAUACAAAAACCAGAAAUACUUACUGUGCAUAAUUAUUUAACCCUUAGUGCUUAGGGGUGUUACAGACUCAGGGGCUUUUAAAGCAGAUUUAUUUAUACAGACAUCAUGUGACAGAACAUGUGAUUCCACAGGUGGGCCUUAAUUAACUGAUCAUGUGACUUCAGAAGUUAAUUGGAACAGCUGUUAUUUAGGGUUUUCAUAGCAAAGGGGGAUGAAUACAUAUAUUCUCACAACUUUUCUGCUUUUAAUUCUUUUUUAAACAAGGUGGGUUUUUUUUCAUUCCCCUUCAACAAUUUGGAUUUUGUUAGGUCUAUUAAGAUCCACUUUAAUUCUAGUCUGUAAUAUACCAAAACAGGAAAAAUGUCAAGAGGGGACAAUACUUUUGCAAGCUACUGUAUAUGUGGGUUGUACAACAACAGCACUUCCUCAAUAUACGUGUGUGUGUGCAAUAAAGGGACAGGCAGUGGGAAGUGACUGUAUUGUGAGCAUGGUAACCAGAAUGGAGCACUAGUUUCACAGCACGUUUAACCAAGUUUAACAGCCACUGCUUAUAGCCACUUCUUACAAAACCCCACAAAACCCAUCUGUCUAACCUGCAGCCGCGUGCUCAUGUAUGCGCGCUAACGGGUAGAGCAUGAGGUUUCUACAUUUUAGUUCAUUUACUUUGAGACAGUAUUAUGGGUGAAGCACUUUUUUUUUUUUUUUUUUUUUUUUUUCUGGCUAGAGACAUGCAGGUUGGUCUCAAACAUGUGGACUUUGUCACCAGAGCUUCCAACAGAAGAGUUUGGUAGUCCUUUAAGAGUGCAGAAAAGGAUUUUUGUUUAGCAUGGUGUUUUGUAUUAAUACAUUUGAGUGUAAUGUAAUAGUUUUAAUAAGCUUUAUAGAAAUUAGGCAGAGGUGCAGAGGCCUGUUUUAUAUAACGUUUGAUUGAGGUUUUGUAUAUAUAAUUCUCUUAAUACUCAUUAGGUGUGUGUGAAUCGAAUAAAGAACGAUUUUAAAAACCAAAA